CGUGCCAAAGCUCCCAUCUGGACGUGGGGAGCGGGAGCCCCCUCCUCCCCGCCCCGCUGGGCAGCCGGCCGCAGCGAGGAAAGGCUCGCGGGGCAGGGAGGAGGCCAGCGCGCGGAGCCGGGGCAGCGCCCGCAUCUGCUCCCUGGGGUAUUUUUCACUCUGGGUCUGUGCUCCCCAGCUCUCUCCAGCAUGCCUCUGUACCGGGAAGCUUUUAGCAGGGUGCUGUUUUUAUUUUAAAGGAGGGCAUGCAGUUAUUCCAUCUAACAGCAUGAGCCAUUGGUUUUAAACUCUCUCCAGCAUGCUGAAGCAGAUGCAAAUGAAAAUUAAGGAGGAAAUUGGUGCAAUAGGGCUGCACGGACCUAGGUAUUCAUGGCCUUGGGUGCCUGCAUUAGAGCUGCCCCCAGGGGCUGGCUGAGCGAGGAAAUAUAAGCUCGUCUUGAAGAGUGCCUCGUCUCCCGGUGGUGCUCCCUGGUUGUCCUGCCGUACAUGACUCAUGUAUUAAACAUCUCCUUUUGAUCUCUACAACCCGUGUCGAGCUGGCACGCACGCCCCUCGUCUGGCUGCUUGUCUGGAAAUGACCUCCCGAGCAGCUCCGUGUCCCCGCAGGUGAUCGAGGGAGAGCCUUAUUACCAUUUCAAACACCGAGGCACCGCGCAGAAGUCCUUAAGCAGACACUGGGGCUGGAACAUGCGCCUGAAGAAAGAGCCCAAGGUUCACUGGUUUGAGCAGCAAACCGUGAAGAAGCGUGUGAAGAGAAGCGUCACGGUGGUGCCGACAGAUCCCUGGUUCCAUAAACAGUGGUACAUGAACAACGAUGUCAGUCCAGAUCUGAACGUCCUCAGUGCUUGGGGCAAAGGGUACACUGGUCUGGGAGUUGUGCUCUCCAUCCUGGACGACGGGAUUGAGAAGGAUCAUCCAGACCUGUCUCCUAACUACGAUCCCCUCGCAAGUUACGACUUCAACAGCAAUGACCCCGAUCCACAGCCCAGAUACAACGCCUGGGACGAGAACCGGCACGGCACACGUUGUGCAGGAGAAGUGGCAGCUGUAGCCAACAACCGAAUUUGUGGAGCAGGCGUUGCGUACAACGCAAAAGUUGGAGGAUUAUGCGAAAGGUGCCCACAGCAACGAGGGAGCAAAGCCAGGGGCCAGCGCGAUCCCGCUCUCUCCCUGGGCUCCUCUGGAACACGAGAUGCUCAUGUCCACCCGGAGCCUGCCGCAAGGCAUCGCUGGCUACCUGACUGCGGCUGCUCUCAUCUUGCUGGCCCUGCAGGUGUGCGGAUGCUGGAUGGUCUCAUCACCGACAUUGUGGAGGCUCAGUCCCUGAGCUUCCAUCCCCAGCACAUCCACGUCUACAGUGCCAGCUGGGGCCCCGAGGACGACGGGAAGACUGUGGACGGGCCAGGAGCGCUGGCCACCGAGGCCUUCUACAAAGGCGUCACAAAUGUAAGCACAGUCUUGGCACCUCCGACUUUGCUGGCUCUGAACCCAACCUGCUGUUGGCAGGAGCUGGGCUGGCGCUGGGUCCUCGCGCUGCAGUGGGAAGAGAUCCUCCAGGCUCUCCGCAGCGUGUUGCUGGGAGAGCAUCAAGGGAGGACUCCCUGCUCCCGCUCCAUCUGCCAGGGGCGGGGAGGCCUCGGUUCGGUCUUCAUCUGGGCCUCCGGCAACGGCGGGCUCCACCACGACGACUGCAACUGCGACGGGUACACCAACAGCAUCUACACCCUGUCAGUCGGCAGCACCUCUGCAAGCGGUCAGAUACCCUGGUACAGCGAGGCCUGUUCCUCCACCCUCACCACCACCUACAGCAGCGGCACGAGGAGCGAGAAGCAGAUUGUCACCACUGACUUACGUCAUCGCUGCACCGACAAGCACUCGGGCACCUCUGCCUCCGCCCCGCUGGCUGCUGGAAUGAUUGCCCUUGCUCUGGAGGCCAACCCAGCACUGACCUGGCGUGACAUGCAGCAUCUCGUGGUCAGGGCCUCCAAGCCCGCCCACCUGCAGGCAGAAGACUGGGCUGUGAACGGCGUCGGGCGCAAGGUGAGCCACCACUACGGCUACGGGCUCCUGGACGCUGGUCUGCUGGUGGAGCUGGCCAAGAAGUGGACAGGAACUCGGCCUCAGUGGAAGUGUUCGGUCAAGGCACUUCACACCCCCCGGAACAUAGGCUCCAAGCUCACCAUCCCUGUGAAUGGCUCCUUCUGCUCGGGGAGGACCAAGGGCAUCCGCUCCCUGGAGCACGUCCAGGUCCAGCUCUCCCUGAGCUACAGCAGGAGAGGGGACCUGGCGAUCGCUCUGACCAGCCCAAUGGGGACCACGUCCACACUGGUGGCUGUGCGCCCCUAUGACACCAGCAGGGAAGGCUACAAGGACUGGACCUUCAUGUCCACACACUUCUGGGAUGAGGACCCCCGUGGGACCUGGACGCUCCUCCUGGAGAAUAAGGGCGAUGCCUAUAACACAGGCGUCCUGACCAGCUUCCUCCUGCACCUCCGCGGCACGGACGAGGACAUGACGCGCCGGCGCUUGGUGGCCUCUGCUGCGAGCAAGUGCGUUAAGCGGGAUGCGCGGGGAGCCUGCGAGGAGUGCGGUGACUCAUUCUACGCCUACCAGCGCUCGUGCCUGUCCUACUGCCCUCCACGCUACUACAGCCGCACCCGCGGAUCCGGCGUCUGCGCCCGCUGCCACCCCUCCUGCUACACGUGCCGGGGGGCCUCGGCCAACAACUGCACGGCCUGUCCCCCCGCCGGCACCUUCGACGAGCUCUCCCACUCCUGCUCGCCUCCGCGGGGCUCACCCAGCCGCGCCGCGCCGCAGCGGGCGCAUCUCCCCGUCCUCGUCCUGCUGAGCCUGGUCUGCGGGAGCCCCGUCCUCUUAGCCGUCCCCUGCGUCACGUACCGCGCGGCCUUCUGCGCCGGCUGCCUCUGCUGGUGGCAGAUGGCACGUGGUGGCCUUGGACGGGGAGGACAGAGUUGCAGCAGCCCCGGCUGACGGACACACGCUGCAGAAACCUGCACAGACGCUCUGCUGUCCCCCAGCCUGGGACAGAGUUGGCCUUGCAGGGCCUCCGAAAUAAACUGGUUGUUGCCACUC